AUGGUUGAUAAAAUUUCCGCGGAUGAUAAGGCCGAAUUAGGCGCAAGCCUUGUUUUGCUCGCUCCGCCCAAGCAAACAAAAGAGGUAGUCAAGGAUGUUAAGGUCUUAGUCGGUGAUAAUCCUGCGAUUGAAAGGAAAAUUCUAAGUGCUCUUCUGACUUAUGCCAAGGAACAAACUAUUCAAGUUACUCUACCCGGGAGCUCAGUGAAUACGCUUGUUACCGAAGAUGGUGAUCUUGGUAGCGGCAGGUUUCUCUGUCCUAGAUCACACCAGUCCUUCAGACUUGAUGCUUUUACUCAUGCUGCUGACGAGGUCUCCCCACUUCCUCCAAAUGACAGAGAUGGUGGCAGUAUCAAAUUAGAAUCGUGGAGAUUGGCAAUCGAAGAAGCUCUAACUCACUACAUGGGCCAAAAUUUUCCCCAUGGUGCUGUCUCUGUAUUUGCUCCUUGCAAAUCUAAGAGCCCUUAUAUUGCCAUUUUCAUCGAAUCAAGCUUCCAGAAAACUAGACUAUCUGGUCGUUGGAGAUCUCGAUGGACUGUAACCGUGCCCGGCGAAAUUGAAGGUGCCACCUGUAAAGUUUCUGGUGAAAUCCGAAUUCAGACUCACAUGUUCGAAGAAGGAAAUGUCCAGCUUCUCUCCUCCAAAACCUUUGAAUUUGAUGUGGAAGCAAAGUCCCCUGAAUCGCUGGGUCAAGAUCUGGCCAAGAAGAUUACUAAUUGUGAUGCUACUUAUCAGGUUCUUGCUUAG